AUAAAAGUAGCCAAUGAGACAGGGGGAUGUUGGAAGGUACAAAGUUCAAGUGAAAGUCUGGUCAGGAUUGGGUGGAAGACGGAGCUGGCAGGCACGGUUCGCUACCGGCGGCGGAGGGGAGUGUUUAAGGGAGGCGAAGAUAAGAUGGCGGCGGAAACAGUAGAACUGCACAAGUUAAAGCUUGCUGAACUGAAGCAAGAAUGUUUAGCCCGAGGCCUGGAGGCAAAAGGAAACAAGCAGGAUCUCAUCAACAGACUCCAGACCUAUCUUGAGCAGCAUGCUGAGGAGGAGGCAAAUGAAGAGGAUGUCUUAGGAGAAGAAACAGAGGAGGAAGAACAGAAGCCCUUAGAUAUUCCUAUCAAAGAGGAAGUGGCUACUGAGAAGCCUACUGAAGUAGGUGCAGAGAAAAAAGUGGUCAAAAUUGCCUCAGAAAUUCCACAAAUGGAGCGAAUGCAGAAACGGGCAGAAAGAUUCAACGUACCUGUGAGUUUGGAGAGUAAGAAGGCUGCACGAGCAGCUCGGUUUGGUAUGCCUACAGCUUCAGCUAAAGGUCUUGCCACAGAAGGUAGAACUACAGUAAAUAUAGACAAAUUAAAGGAAAGGGCUCAGAGAUUUGGCUUGAAUGUCUCCACAGCCUCCAAAAAGACUGAAGACGAUGAGAAGCUCAAAAAAAGAAAGGAAAGGUUUGGUAUUGUAACAAGCUCAGCUGGGGCAGGAACCACAGAGGAUACAGAGGCAAAGAAGAGAAAAAGAGCAGAACGUUUUGGCAUCGUCUGAUGAUCUUCCUUUUAGCCUUUACUUGUUUGGGAUGUAUCUUUUACACAUUCUUGUUCUUUAUCCCUAAUGAGGAAUAUAGUUUUCUCCCCCACACAAAUCUUGGCUUUGCAUUUUAAAGCUAGCUGCUCAGUUAGGCUUCCCCUCACCACUACCUCCCAGACUUUUAAAAGAAACAAAUUUCAGAUCAUAGAAUAAAAGUGUUCUGUUCGUGUAUGUAACAAUUUGAGUUCUCUUGACAAAUUCUCCUGUUAACUUGUAUCCAAACUGUACCUCCAACUUACUACUUCUCUGUUCAGAUGAAAAAAGCUGCACAAAAUAAAGGGUUUUGCGAAGUAUGAGGAAUAUAAAUAUUUUUGUCACAUUAUUGAGCUCCAGUUGAAGUCAGCAAUACCUGAAUCAGGAGCUGUCUGAAUCUUACUUGUAAUUUUAUAUAGCUGUUCAUUGCCUCAUUAUUUCAGUUCUCACAUUGACCAUGGCUAAGAAAUAGUCCUCCUCUUCUGUCUCCAUCCUUUAAUAAAAUAAACUCAUAAAGUUCAUGUGACUCAGAUGACUGCCUCCAAUCUGAAAAUGUUUUUAUGCUCAAAGCUGAAGAACUACUUUCCUUGGGUUCUGCUAUAAAUUCUCUCACAUUAGGUCUUUUGAAGUCAUGAGACAUUAUAUCUGCUAUACUUACAGCCUGAAUGGGUCAUAUAUUAUUGUCAGCUAAAGUAAAAGCCAUGCUUUUUAUACCUUAUGCAGCUAUUAUGCAUUUUAAACUAUGCUUUUGGCCCACAGAAUGGGAUCAAUUGCAUCAGACUGUGAUUGGCUGCAGUUUAGAGCGUCCCAAGAUGCAGGAAGUGGAACAGUCAUACAUUUAGUAACCAGUGCUACAAAGCCUUUUGAGGAUGUUCUGCUGGUAAUAAUAUUUUAGAACCUUGUCUGAAUUUCUUUAUUUGCCACAAAUGCUUACAGUUUCCUUCUUUAAGAAUAGCAUCAAAAAGCUCUAAAAUUAUGACUGUGGAAUGAAAUCCUAUAAAAUAUAGUGUUCAAGUUCCACAUUUUUACACAGCUUUCACUUCCCAGAUGGAUUUUCAAAUUGCAGUGUUUUUAUGUUUCUCCCUGAAUUGCAUGCAGUCUGAAGAGAGUUGAUGCUUCCAGUUGCAAUUUAUUAAAGGUGAUGAAUUGGAGAAAAUAUGUCUCCUAUCAUAGUGUUGUAUCUCAUUUUCUUGCAAAUUCAUACUUGUUUCAGAAGUGAAGUAUAGUGGUAUCUCAGUGAAAAUAUACCUUUGUCCAAGUAAUUCCAUCUUUAUUCUUGGUUUAUUUCAUAUAGCCAAAACCUCUUUUAGCUAAUAUUACAGGUAUAUUUCAACUUCUGUACAGGGAAGAAGUUGUCUAGACUUUUUCUGUAUACUAAAGGUAUCCUUUCUUUUUUUUUGGUCACUGGUUUUAUAUACUGUUACUGGGUUGGUUUUUUAUGAGUGUUAUUCUACUUGGGCUCUUUUGGAGUUGUUGGUUUUUUUAUCCUAAUCUUUCAUUCAAAGAUGGAUGGCUUUUUUCUUGUAUCCCACAGAACUCCUUUUUGUGUGCAAUACAGAUUAAACCAUGCAUUUAAAAGCUA